CCGGCCCGGCCAUUAACUCAAAACAAACGACUCCUGUACCGACUGCGAAGAAGCUCAUUGAUCCAGCCACAAAUUCACAGCGUCCGUGCAACAAUGGUGAAAGCCGUCGUCGGCGAGGAAACCCAGCUCAAACUAGCCGAGGAUCGCCUCGAGAAAUCCUCCACCCCCGUGCAGGUGGGGCUCCUCAUAGGCAAGCUCAGCAACUCUCUAGACCGAGGCUUUGUCUUCGAUUUGAUCCCAACGCCGCCGAACGACGCCGGAGCGGCUCCUUGCUCCGUCCUCGAGCCUGCCAAGGACGACAAGAGAAAGGGGCCUAAACCCAAAUCUCAGCCCUCCGAUUCCUUCUCUCUCUCCAUUGACAAGGACUGGGUCGCUGAACAUGCCCGUCAGGUGUCUAGAAUGUUAAUGGGUGGCAUGAAAGUGGUUGGCAUAUACAUUUGGGCUAGUGAUAGCGCUUUUAAGAAUUCGAACAUCACGCUUUGCCAGACUGUAAUGGGAGUUGCCAAAGCAGCGCCCCUCUCAGAGAUUGAUUGGGAUGAGAGACUGCUUAUUCACAUUUGUUAUAGUCCAAGGAGGUGGGCAUGUCGAAAUUGUGCAGUAGCUUCAAAUAUUACGUCAAGCAGCCUAAGACCUUGUGACUUCAAAAUGGGAAGGGUCCUAAAUUCCCUUCAACAUUUUAGGUGCAUGUACAACUUUGAUAUCAGAUUGCCCAUAUUUCACAAGAAUUCAUCAAAUCUCCAAACUUUUAGUGAAGCCCUUCGUCAUGGUAUUUCAGUUCAUGCGAAAGAUUUAAGAAGUGCAAAAGCCAUGUUUGAUGGAAAUUUGGUUGUUAACGAUGAUCUAUGCACAUUGGAUGGUCUGCAUGAAGUCGAGUUGCUUCUACCAUUUAUGAAAGAUACUGAAGCUUGCAGCCAGAAAGAUACUGUUGGUGUUGUUGAUUUUAGCGGUUCUGUGUGUUCCUUUGCAUUUUUAAAUCCCAAAGAACCAAUUUCACAAGCUGUUGCUGAUAUUAAGGAUGACAUAAUCACGAGUCUGCAGAGUAGACUAGAUAUCAUCUGUGAUGAGGCAGAUGGUGAGGCGGGUCCAACUGAAACCAGUGGCCAGCAAGCAAGAGAUGGUGCUGAUACUCAGGAACCAAGAGAUGGGAUAUCCAGUGAAACACCUGUUUCUCAAAUUGUUCUUCAAUCAUUCAGACAAUCAGGCAAUCUUUCACUUCCCCGAAGAGUCUUUGUUCCUUGGUUAGCGGGUACAUUUGUGUGUGACUACCUACAGCCAUCCGAGACAUUUGAGGUUCUGAAAGAUCGAUGUGUCGAGUUGUUGUCUAUGGAAGCUCCAGCAGAUGACUCAACAAUCUUGGAACCAGAAAUAGACGCCCCAUCUGCAGUGACCAAAUCUUUCUGGGAUGUGGUGGUGCCGCUUCCCUCGGCAUCUAACUCCUGUUUGGAGAAGAGUGGAAUCGAAAAAUUAAGGGGAGAAAGUAGCCGAAAAUCUACAGAGUUCUCUAAUGUCAACAUCAUGGCUGCUGGUGCUUUGUAGAAUUCCAUGAGAUGAGAUUAGGACCAUGAAAAAUAAGAUACCCAGAGGUGGAGGGUCGAGUAUAAGGACACCCAACCAGUCAGCAUCAGAAUACCCACGAAGCAAGGGUGGUGUAGUAAACCAGCGAAAAAUACAAUAUCUUGAUCAACAGUGCCCUUAACACAACGCAAAAUGCGUUUGGCCUUGAUAAGAUGUGUAUUGGUUGGCCGAGACAUAAACUAAGCGAUGUGAUUAGCAUCAAAUGCAAUGUCCGGACAAGUUAAGGUAAGAUACUGUAAGGAACCAAAAUAGGUGUCGAAAUCAAAGAGGAGAGUACCAUCAUGAUUAGAAAGCUCCGCUCGCGAAGCAAUAGGAGUAGUGCAAAGUUUACAAGCAUAUUGGUGCGCUUUAGUAGAUCAACAUACUUGGUAUGAGAAAGAUGAAGACUAGGAGGGGUAGGUUGUAACAUCCCGGCUCGGGGUCCAUCACAUCUCGGGUCCGCUCCACCAUUGUAGGCACAUCACAGCCAGGGUUAGGCUUUG